GUCGGGAAAUAAAAGCACCGGGCGUGUGAUUCCGUGACUGUUGUGAAUAGAUGUGAAAAGAUGUUAAAGUGACGAGCAAGUUUGUUGGCUCUGCGGUCGUUUGGCCUUUUAUCUCGCUAGCCCCGCUUGGCUUCAAAGCUAACGUUAGCUUGGGCUGCUAAGUCUAGCCUUCGGUAGCUGGCGUUGUUUAAGCCCGCAGCGCUCCACCAAACGGCGAAGAUGGCAGACCUGACAACGCUGGAGAGCCUUUUGGAGAUGGGCUUUGACCGGAACAGAGCGGAAAGAGCCGUGGCCAGCACCGGCAACCAGGGCAUCGAACAAGCCAUGGACUGGUUAAUGGAGCACGAGAACGACCCAGACGUGGAUGAGCCGUACAAACCCCCAGCAGAGAGCAUCCUGGGGGGCGCGGAGGAGGACCAGCAAGAGCCUUUGCUGGGGGACACGACUGGAGUUGCGAGUGGGGAAGGCGACCAGGUUGGUGAUGCCGAGAGUUCCAAGAAGCCCAUGACAGAGGAGGAGAAAGUGGAGCAGGUCAAAAGGCUGGAGGAGCUGAUGCGGGUGAAGCAGGCGGAGCGGCGGGAGCGGGAGCGGGCCGAGGAGCUGGAGAGGGAGAAGCAGCGGAGGAAGCAGGGCCAAGAGCUGCAGCAGAUUCGGCAAAAGAUCCAAGACGACGACAUGAAGAAGCUGGCCGAGCAGCGGCGGAGAGAGAAGAUGGAGGACAAACUGGCCAGGCAACGGGUCAAAGAGAAGAUUGCACGAGACAGGGAGGAGCGAGCACAGAAGUUUGGAGGCAGCGGGUCGUCCGGCACAAGCACUUCGGUCCCAGCCGGUCCCGUGUCGCCCACUGAUCAAGGCCCGCCGCCCACCAAGAAGGAGUAUGACGAGUCCCGAAUACAGGUGCGUCUGCUGGACGGCUCCACCAUCACGGCGGUCUUCAAGGCCCAGGAGCCGCUGGCGGCGGUGCGCGUUUACGUGCAGGUGAACGGCAACACGCCUGAGGGUCAGGACUUCACGCUGCUGUCCCCCUACCCUCGUCACGUCUACACGGAACUGGACAUGGAAAAGCCCCUCAAGGAGUUGGGUUUGGUGCCUUCAGCUGUGCUGGUCGUUACCAAAAAGUGAAGGCUUGGCUUCAGGAGCCGACCUCGCCGCCUCCACUUCUACCCAACCUGCAACAGACGGCCACCAGGUGCCAACAUCUGCUAAAACUGCUGCUCCCAUUGGACGCAGUCGCUGGAAAGACGGGGAAGCUGGUUGGCGUCUGAUUGGUCAACAUUGGAACAAAGUAAACGCUUGUUUAUUUCAAAGGGCCUUAAUUUAACUUCACAACAUCCUGACUUUGUGAGAUUCUACUUUGCCAGUUUUUUAAUAAGUCUCAAUUCAUUGACAGUUGACUUGAAAUAAAGCUGACUCUGGAGAACCGCAGCCA